UGGACCUGCUGAGGUGAAAGUAGAUGAUUUUUGUUAGGCUUCUACUACUACAGCUACACCUAACCACUCUGUUCUAACAUUCGAACCUUUCAAAGUAAAAGGGAACUCUUUCUCUCAGGAACACUCACACACAAACACCGCAUUGAGCACGUUGUCAGAGAUGACAGCAUAGAAGUUCCACCCGGGUAUCCUACAUGCGUGCACAAAACUGUAGCUGUGAUAAAAUAUAACGAACACCGGGAGCUUGGUUCGCUUCGUUGCAUGGGGGACUCACUGCAUAUCCAAAAGGCAGAGCCAGUCCCCUGACCAACAGACUAAUUCAUUUGAAUUAGUUCACGGAUUUAAUCAUCGCCGAUGUCACGAGAUACGUAACGGAUACGGGGAUUAAUAUUACAGGCACCGAUAGUUUACACCGCGCCCGGUGUACUGACAUUCUCGGCAACGACUCGGUAUAUUAAACCAGUGCCUCGGUAAUGAGACAAAGGGAGAACAUCAGUUAUUUCAGUAAGACUAUCGUGUCAUUUCGAUAUACCAUAGUUCCGGGAUUUGAAUAGGUAGGCUAUCGUAACGAUUAGAACAAAAAGCGCUCCUUCAAUUUUUCCACGCCUGCUUCGCUGCAGCAGGUUGGGAUAAUAGCCACCACCACCAGGAUUGCACAAGUCUCCCAUUCACAUGGGCGAAGGCAGGGCUCGGUUCUGCUUUGGUUGGACCCGGGCUCGCUGUCAAGACCAAGACAAAGGUGUGUCGGACCCUGGGAGGGAACCGGAAACGCGAGAGAGAUGGGCCGAACUGUUCGACCAACUGGACCUCAAUAAAGACGGUAAAGUCGACAUUAACGAGCUGAGGAUAGGACUCGCUGCCCGCGGUUUACUUCGCAGUGACGCGGAGGAGAUAGUGCGUGAGAGUGACACCAACCAUGAUGGCUUGCUGGACUUUGAGGAGUUCUCUCAGUACCUGUGGGCCCACGAAAAGGAACUGCGGCUCAUGUUCCACACACUGGACCGCAACCACGACGGGCGCAUUGAUGUCGGGGAGAUUCAACAAUCGCUGCACAACCUGGGACUGGAGGUGUCCACAGAACACGCCAUCAAAAUACUACAGAGUAUGGACAGGGACGGCACCAUGACUAUCAACUGGAAUGAGUGGCGAGAUCACUUUCUGUUUAACCCUCUUCACAACAUGGAGGGCAUCGCCCGCUACUGGAAACAUUCUCUGAUGUUUGACAUCGGAGAGCACAUGACAGUGCCGCCAGAGUUUUCCCAACAAGAGCGCCAGUCGGGGGUAGUGUGGAGGCAGCUGGUUGCCGGGGCGAUGGCAGGGGCGGUGUCACGUACAGGAACCGCACCCCUCGACCGUCUCAAGGUCUUCCUACAGGUGCAUGGCUCCAGCUCUAGGGGGAUCAACCUGUGGACAGGGCUGAGGGGGAUGGUCCAGGAGGGGGGUGUACGAGCCCUCUGGAGGGGCAACGGCAUCAACGUCCUCAAAAUAGCCCCAGAGUCUGCCAUCAAGUUCAUGGCCUACGAACAGAUCAAGUGGUUGAUCCGGGGCAGAAAUGAAGCGGGUACUCUGCGGGUGCAGGAGAGGUUCAUCGCUGGCUCUCUGGCUGGAGCCACCGCACAGACCAUCAUCUACCCUAUGGAGGUGCUGAAAACUCGUCUGACCCUGAGGAAGACUGGCCAGUACUCUGGCAUUGUAGACUGUGCCCGUCAGAUCCUGAGGAAGGAGGGGGUGCGAGCCUUCUACAGGGGCUACGUGCCCAACACACUUGGCAUCAUACCGUAUGCUGGCAUAGACCUGGCCGUCUACGAGACUCUGAAGAAUGCCUGGCUCCAGCAGUACAGUAAGGGCUCUGCUGACCCGGGGGUGUUGGUACUGCUGGGCUGUGGUACUGUGUCUAGUACCUGUGGACAACUGGCCUCCUACCCCCUGGCUCUCAUUAGAACACGUAUGCAGGCCCAGGCCUCUACUGAGGGUGGGCCCAAGCUGUCCAUGGUUGGUCAGUUCAAGCACAUCAUAUCACAUGACGGGGUACCUGGGCUCUACCGCGGCAUCGCCCCCAACUUCCUGAAGGUCAUUCCUGCUGUCAGCAUCUCGUACGUGGUAUACGAACACAUGAAGAAGGCUCUGGGUGUGCAAUCGUAGUGAGAGGAAGUGAGAAACAGAAGAAAGAGAGGGAUAUAGAGUGCAGCUCUUGGAUUUCAAGAUGGAGAGGAAGACAGCAGAGGUUUGAGGGAUAGAAGACAGAUAGUCCACCCUUUUCAUACACAUUCAGUAAGCUUCCCGUUUACACCUAGCUAGACAGAUAUACUCACUGUUCAAAUCUCUCAGCCCCUCAUAACACUGUACCGUCAUUAAGACAGAGGGAAGAGUCUGCUAUCAGGCUGAGCUGAAGUCUAAGAAACGGCUGUGUCCGAGACAGAUUAGGAGGAGGAGCUGUGAGGGGAAGGAAUGAGAGCGAGAGAGAGAGGGUGGAAGAGAGAGAGAGAGAGAGUGUGUGCGUGUGUGUCUCGGCAGAAUCUGGGCCAUUCUUCCUCUUUGUUUAUGAGCUGUAACCCCCAUUAUAGUCACAUCUCCACAAUAAGUCUGUGGGUUGCCCUCCAACCAAACACAGUGAAGCACACAGUACAGUUUGUAUACCUAUAUGUAGCCACUUAUCUAAGGUCAGUUUCAUGUUUCGUGAAUAUAAAGUGAUCUUCCUCCAAUGACCUUGACAUGUACUGUAUAUCCGCUCUUUACUACACAACAGAAUAUGUAGGGUUGUUCCACAGUGUGCUGUUGCUAGAACACUACCAAGCCAAAGUACCCCACUCUUUAUUUCAAUAUCUCAAAGGAGAUUAGAAUUGGAUUACAUGCAAGAACGUACAUUCUAAUGGGGGAGUUUCUAAAGUUCUUUAACGAGGAAACUUUUUUGACGUUUACAUGAUGUACUGUAUAUUGAUACAGUAUGUAUUUUGUAAGGGAAAGAUUCUGAACACAUUUGCAAGAGAUACUUAUACAGGGUCUUAUACAGGGUUGUAUACAGAGCUGUUCCUCUGACCUAGUCAAUGAAUGGCUUUGCACUUUUUAGAAAGGGAAUGUUUCUCCCCUAUUUCAAGUGGCUCUUAUAUACAUAGAGUCAGGUCCAAAAUUAUUGGCACCCUUGAUAAAGAUGAGCAAAAAAUACUAAAUAAUACACAUUUUGAGCUAUAUUGUCUGCUCCAAUAAAAUGGAACAUUAUAUAAUUUUAUACUAAGACAAUUACUGAGAGAAAGAGAUUUUGUUUAAAGCUAGAAUCCUCAAAUAACAAAGCGGUCAACCAAAAUGUAACCACUCUCAAACUCAUAGACAGAGCUACGGAUGCAAGGACUGACCAUCAAUGAGAUGAAAAUGAUUGUUUUAACCAUGUUUUGAGGCUCUACAUUUACAUUGUUUACAAACAUUGGAGUAAAACAAGCUUAUAUUUUGGAUUCUGAUGCGGUAUGACAGUAGGACUAAGCUCGUGAGGCAUUUAUAGGUUAUAUUCUUCAAUAAUCAAUGGGUUUAUAUCAUUAAUUUAUAAGUCCAAAAAAUGGAUGUAGCAACUAAGGAUUCUUGCUUUAACAAGUAAAAAAAAACAUUAAAAAAGGGGUCAAAUUUACUGCCAGCCCUGUUUCCAUUACCUUUCAAUACCAAACCUUUGAUGUGUGCUUGGGGUUAUCGUCUUGCUGGAAGAUCCACUUGCAGCUAGGUUUCAGCCUCCUGGCAGAGGCAACCACGUUUUUGGCUAAAAUGUCCUGUACUGGGUAGAAUUCAUGAUGUCGUUGACCUUAACAAGGGCCCCAGGACCAUUGAUAGCAACAUUGCCCCAUAACAUGAAAUAUCCACCACCAUAUUUUACAGUAGGUAUGGGGUUAUUUUCUGCAUAUGCAUUCUUUCUUUCGAAGCAAAAUCCAGCACUGGUGUGCAUGGCUAAAGAGUUAUAUUUUCAUGUCGUGGAGUGCAUGCUUAGUCCAUGUUCUGUGUGUAAUGGCUCCUGCAUCAUGUGAGGUAGUUAGAUAAAGAUCAGACCUGAAAGAAUGGGCUCAGUUUGAGGCUUGGCCAACCCAUUUUGUUGUGGAUAUUAAGAGAGUAUGUUUGUCCUCCAUGACACCAUUGUGUUGUGUAUUUAUUUAGUAGGUUUUGCACUACAAUACAGUUUGUUUCCUAGCUAACUAACUCCUCACUAUAGUGUGGACCUCAUAAUAGCGUAUACUGAAAGCAGUAGGAUGAAACGUCCAGGAGGUAUCUGACAGUGCCGCAAACCUUUCCAUGACACCCUAAUGCAAACAUUGGGGAAACCAAUUACUGUAUAGGCUGGAUGAAUGCUCCACAGAGAUCUUAAUCGGUUCUAGAAUUAUAUGAAUAGUAACCAAUUUUAUGAGAUUUUACAUGUAAUUCUAUGAAAUGCACAUCAUUAUAAUUUCAUAGCGCAGGCACAAUUAACUUUGACUGUAGUUUAAUUUAGGUUUAGAAUGAGAAAGUAAUUACCUUUAAUUCUAUGAUAAGUUAUGUGAUUAAUAUAUUUUUUUUUUACCCAUACUCUGCCCUCGUUGUAUUGGGAUACAGUAAUGGCCUCUAUGAUGGAUGUCAAUAGGUUUAAAUUAGAGCAGGAAAUUGAAUAAGCUGCUUAAGUGUUGUUACAUACUGAUGAGCAAAGACCAUAACAUAGAUUCUAUCAGACAUUGCUGCUGACAUAGAUUCAUAUUAAUUCAUAUGUCACACGUGUUAUUUAUCAUUUGGAAGCCAAUGACUUGCUUUCCCUGAUGAGAUUUCCACCAUCAUGUCCAUCAUGACUAUUGAAAGCCAUCUAUUUGCCUAACUAACUGGUGAUUCAUUUUGAAAUAUCUUGUCUAAGCCUUUAUAUCUUUGCUGGCUCUUUGGCCAGACUUGUAUCACUUUUUAACAGGAUGGGAAAUACGUGAAAGGGAGGAGUUUUAGAUAGUAGUUCCUUGAAAUGAAAUAGGAAGGGAAUGAAAAGGGUAGAUGAGAGAGAAGUUAUUAAGAGGUAACUGUAGACAGAUGAGUGAUGCAUUUACUUGAAAAAUACUGAAAGCAACUCCUGUAUUUUGGAUAAGAAAUGAAUUGAGCAUAACCUCCAUAGUAAACAAAUGUAAUAUUGUAAAAAAAAUGAUAUAUUGUUAACAUCGCAAGCUAUGCUUGUGAAUGUUUGCUUCAUGGAGUAUUGAAAGAUCAUAUUUUCUUUCAAAAUACUUUGAAUGCUUGCUUGAAUGCUUCUUAGUGUUGGAAUGCCUUGAAUUUGCAGAAUGUCAUCGUAGAGCAUGAUUAGUUCAUGCUAGUAUAUUUAAAAAAACAGACUAAAACUGUAUUUUAUGUCUUUAGACUGCUCUGUCUAUCAUAAUAAUAAUUAUAGACAUAUUAUACUUAUUAACACCCUUUAUAAAACUGUGCGGUCUAACCCUCUUCUUUAUAAUAUGAUAUAUGCCAUUUAUAAAGGCUACUGGUAGAAACCCCUUUCCGUUCAAUGACUCGUCAACAGUCAUUCAUGUUCAAUAACAUCCAUUUGUUCUCUCUCUGCACUUUAUGAACAGCCAUUAAGUAAAAUUAGCCUUCACUCUGUUUUUAUUGCAUGAGUUGUAAUUGCUUAAUGACAGAUAGUCUGUCAUUGUUAAUGUUCUCUGGAGCUCUUGCAGUGAAUAAGGCUGCUGCUCUGUUCACAAGUCUUGUGUUUACUUAUCUUCCUAAAUCUAUGUUAUAUUUACUUCAUCUACAAACAUAUAAUAUAUUUGCUGGAUAUAUGUUUUGAAUAUAGCUGCUACCACCCCCUACCUACCUUUUCAGUCUAAGUAAUAAUAUUCACUAUCUAAUCGUCGUCUUCAUAACAGACAUCGAUGCGGGCGUAGAUUGUAUCAAGAAGUAAAAAAUGGGAGACUAGCAAAUGCACUUUUUUUUUUUUUCAUUGCUUGAUAUUUUGAGGGCUACUGUAUUGUAUAGAAUUCGGGAGGUUGUUGGUUCUGUCUGGUAUGAAACCAGCAACUCCCAUGCUGGGCAUGUACACUACUGUAGCUGCAGUGCCAAUAGGACUAGCCCUCUUGGCAGUGGUCGUAGUAUGUGUAUCACAGGGUUGCUACAAUAUGUUUAUUGAACUCUGCAUUACAUAUACUCUGCAAGUAUUAUGAUCAGUAUUUUUUCUAAAAUGAUCUAUUGUGUAUGUGUAGAAAAUGAUUCAGAACUGUAGUUAUUGUCUAUAGAAAUGCAUUGCCAUGGCAUGGUUGCUCGUAUGGCACUUUUAUUUUCAAGAAAAUUGCUAUUUACCUUGUCUGGUGAAUGUGGUGGAUUGGGUUGGCCCGAAAUGGUAUAUCUACAAAUAAAUACAUCAUUUCAGGAUUUUAUUGCAUGAGGUGAUGCCUGUGCAUCUCUGACUGUAUAUCUGCAUUAUAUGUCAAUAAGAUGUACAUACUCUUAUAGGUACAGAUACUGUAAUUCUGAAAUUGCGACAAAUAAAGCUAUUUUCAAGUCA